UGAGCGCAUGCGCAUUGCGAUGAAGGGAAUUUUCAACAGCUGAGGAGGCGUAACUAGCCAGGCUAACAUUUGCUUAAGUUUGGAAAUUUCUGAGAAGAACCAUUCAGCUAAGAAUGACUUGUCCGAAUGAGUGACCUCAAACUCUACAAAUAUUGAAGCAAAGGGACUCCAUAAAUCCAACUUUGAAUUGCCAGAGAGCAAAUCUCCUCCUUGCUGUCUGUGUGACACAGACCUAUUUGUCUUGAAACAAGUUAUUCUUUGAGAUUAAGAAGAGAUGCCCAGACAAAGACAACCAUACAGGCUGCUGCCUUGCUCCGCCAACUGAAAGCUACCAAAACACAGUUUUUUGUGGUUAGAGGAUGGGCUAUUGAGUCUAUCUGCUCCUCUCUCUCCAGAACAUUGGAAUUUAGUGUGUGCCAAUGUGCACGGUAAAUUAUGCUCACCUAAAAUGGUGCUUGAAUGUGGCAUCUCCAAUCGAGGCGUGCCUGAAGAGCUGAGGGUCUCUCUGGUAUCUGAAUGAUUGUCUGUUGCAAAUAAUGGAUGCCAAGUUGAGAGAGGACCUGUUCCGGAGGUAUGUGACGGCACUGGAAAGGCGUCCGGAGGGGGGAUAUACGGGAACUGGAAGUACGUUGGAGGGAGACAGAAGCAGACACAAGGACAGCGAGGCACUACUCUCCACAGCGACGGCUCUGCUCGGAGCCUAUCAGCCAGAUCCUGGUCAGCGAUUUCGCAUGGUCCGUUUCUACGAGAUGGUGGAGAACUCGCUCCGAUGCCAGAGAGGAGGCAACCUUAAGAGUCUGGAGAGGGCCUUUCACACUCUGGAAACCAUCUGCACCAACCUCCUGCUCUUCCCUUGGAAGAAAGAGUUUCGAUGUAUAAAGACCUUCACAGGCCCUUAUGUGUACCACCUGCAGUCUGCCAUUUCUGAUGCCGAACUCCGAACGCUAAUGCGUACCAUUGGAUAUACCUGUGAACAUGAUUCGCAAUUCCGUUUGUUGGACCACCCAGGAGACAGCAGUCAUCUCCGCCAGUUAGCCUUUGAGCUGUUCCUGGCUCAGGCAGAGUGUCGUCUUCUAGGGGAGGUGGUGGCUCUCGCCCGCGGUUCCGCCUCGGAGCUGGAAGCUCUGGAGCUCCGCCGGGGUUGUAGAGAUGAUGCAGCUGGUUGCGCUGAGGCGCUGCGCAGACGAGACAGCCUCGGGGCAGAUAUCGCUCGGUUGUCUGUUCGACCGUUGGAUAUAGAAAGGCCUCAUGCCCACCACCUGAGACGAGGAAGCCGACCGUCCAAGUCUGUGGAUGUUACAGAUGGAGCAGGUCACUGGCACCCAGCAGUCAACAAGCCUAUCCUGAAGGCAUCUCUGAGUCUAAGGAAGGAGCCUCUGUUUGUGGACACAGAGGAAGACAUGAAGGAUGAGAUCAUCAGGCCCAACACCUCUGCAUCUUUUUUCUCUAUUGCUGCUCCACCUUCCUACAGCCCUGUUGCAGACUUUUUCCCCAUGCAGUCGCCUCCUCCAGUUGACCCCUACACGUCCUACCAUAUGUCCUCCUUAGAUGACAUUGACUUGUACACAGAGAGAGGUGGUGUCGGGACGGGAGGAAGGCAAACUCCGUCUCGACCGCCAUCCAGAGAGCCACGUGAUGCCAGAGAUGGCUGGCUUCUCAAAGCUCAUGGUAGUGUGAAAUGUCAGGGUUGUGGACUGGGAUGCUCCACAAUGACAUCCUGUCAGAGGUGUGACAUGAUUCUUUGCUCCGCCUGCCACGAUAUAGAUCCGUCCCCCUGUUGUGGCCUCCAGGACUACCACUCGAAAUCCCCACGCCCCCUUGAUGGAUACAUUCCUGUGAAGGAAAAGCUAUCGGUCUACUCCAACGCCCAGCCUCACCCGCAUCUCCAUCCACACCCUCUAACCCUGACCCAUUCUCAUUCCCAUCCCCAUCCUCACCCCCAGAUGUUGGAAAAACCCCUCAUGCCCACCAAACUGUUUCCAAGCAAGUCAGUUGCUAUGACAACACCAAAGGCAGGGAGCACGGAGCGCAUAAGUAUUGGGGGGUCACGAUGUGGGUUUUGCAACAAGCCAGGCGCAUCACACACCUGCGUAAAUUGCUCUAAGGUGUCGUGUGACUCUUGCAUGGGCUUGUAUGCGAAAGAUGUGUGCACACGAAAGAAUCCUCAGCACAACUUUGUGCCCAACCAUCAGCUCAACUUUAAAUCUGGCACCAUAUCACACCUAGUGUAUCGAUGAAGCAGGCAGGCGGAGUAAUCCCCUUCAGUACAAUCCCUUAACAUUUAAUGUAGUUUUGCACUAUUGCUUUAAGCUUGGCUUACAUAGUUCAUUCUCUGGUUUCUGAUUUUAUCUAGUGGUUUCUUCUCCAACUUGUACAUUCUCACUCGCUGACAGUAGACCCAUGGAAUACACAUACCACAGAGCCAUGUCAUUAACCCAGCUCUCCGCUAGGCAUGGGGCGGUGUGAGAUUCUCACGCUGUGAUGAUCUCGGGUAAUGAGCAGCUCUGUCAUGGUAUACACACACCAUGAUAGAGCGCACACAGAAAAUGAAAACAAUAAAAUGUUAAACAUGAUAUAAUCAAUUAAAACAGAAGCAUUAGUUCUUCCCAAUGUGGCUCAAAUAAUGAGACAUUGAUCAUUAUAGAUAUCUUUACAUUUAUUUUUACACUUGUUAAAUUUUUGAGUAGUUAUUAAGUGUUGACUGUGCAUAAUACAAUAUUUUUACAAUUCUGCUCUUUAGUGUAACAAAAUUAGUCAGGCUAUCUGCACGUGGAGCCAGCUGCUUAAUGGGAAUGUCACAGUGGCAUCUCAUUAUAGGAACUUUAUUAUAAAAUAUAACUUUGAAUUUACCAUUGGGAUUAAUAAAGUAUUUUGAACUGACAUUUGAAUUUAAUAUGAAGGAACAGAAUGAGGCAAAUGUUUUUUUUUCCUUCUUAGAUUUAAAAUUUCCAUUUUGUAACACCGUCUUAUACCUCAGUACCUAUAACUGGCCCAUGCCUACUCUCUGCCUUGUAAAGUUGUAAGCCUUUUCUCUAUUUAUUGGUUUUACCAGAUGACGUGCUUUUCAGUCAUCCUGUGUUGACGUUGCGCUUCCCACUGUUCUUAGUUUUUUACUCUCCGCAUGGGGAAAACUGGACAAAUUAGUUAAACUUCAUCUCAUUUUAGUCAAAUCUGCCCCGAUGAACAUUAUACACUUUGCCUAACUUCUCAGCUAAAAAUUCUUCUUAUAUAUUAAUAUAUAUACACAAGUAGACAUAAGUAUAUAUUUAUGUAUGAGUGUGUGUAUGUAUGUGUAGAAAAGACCUGAGCUUGCCUAAUAUUUAAAGGUAAUGUUUUAGAAAACUUGAAAAAUGUUGGGAAAAAAAGUAAACACACUGGAAGUCAGUAACUCUCUGUUCUCUAGGACAAUGUGAGACUGUUAAAUGGGCAUGAGGUCUGGCAUUUUCUGGAUGUACAUCUUACAUAUGUUGAUAUGGGGUAGAAGAUAUCCUGAAGAGACAUAUGUUCUAUUUAAAAUAUUAUGCCUUGUAAAUUUACCCUGAAAUAUUUGUAAUUUUCUUUCUUUGGAUCAAUUUUAAACGCUACUGUGAACUCGAGAUGUUGAAGAUGAUUUCCAUCAGACCGUUGGUGUCAGUUUCAGGCCUCGUCCCUCUCAUUACUUCCCACAAACCCCACAUGAUUCAUGAUGCCUCCUCCGCAAAUUAGUGACUCUUGUUCAGCUUCAAGUGGGGUCACAGGAAAUCUAAUGCUUGUAAACAUGUCUAGUGACUAACACAUGUAAAACUGUUGGUUGGUUUUCGGCAGUAGGAAGAUUUAUGCUCCUCAAUGGUUUCUGUCUACCUCAAUUCAUAUCAGCUUACACCCAGUUUGACAUUGUGGAUUAAAACUAGCCUCAAUAUUCAGAGGAAAAAAUAAACAGAACAAAGCAUUUAAUUAACAAGUUGUCUGUGUUUAAAAAGUGGUGCGGUAACCUCAGAAAACCAUCCAAAUGUAUUAUAAAUGGAAUCAGGUUCAGAUGUUUAUUUAGUGAAGGAGGAAUUGUGUAGAAUAUUCUUGUUCCAAAUACUUGACUCCAUUUAAUAAGUAGCAAAAACAAUUUUAAUUUGUAAUUUCUACUUUUCCUUACUUAACUGGGUUGCAUUUAUGUUUUUCUCUUGGUUGGAUUGGCAAAAACAGAAACCACUUAUGUUGCAGUUCAGCUCAGCACUGACACCGGCUCAGAGUCUCAUAAUAAAUUUAGACUUUAUUGCUUUCUAUUAUAGAAGUAUUUAACGUUAAUAGCUUUGCAAAGCAGACUUUUACUACACUACUUUUCGGGGAUGCACCAAUCAACGAGGUCAGACUUUAGAUCUGGAUACUUUUCCCUUGAUGUGCUGUGAAGGAUGAUCGGUUGGUUAAUUCAGUGUAGAAAUGCAUCAGCAAUCAGCAUGUGGCUUGAUGCACUCAAUAGAAAUUAAAGAUUGAGGGUUAAUGUUUUAUUUCCAUUAUUUUCAAAGCUACAGCUGCUGUCAAUGAAGCUAUUGCACAUUUUAUUUUUGUUGCUGUGCAGAAAAAAAUUGGAAGCUGUCAGAAUUUAUAGGUAAAAUGUCAAAAGACGGAAACACGGAAUUGGCCUGGAAAAACCUUAUUGGUGCAUCUCUAACUGAAAUCUAAAGUUUGAGCACAUUUAUUGCAAGUUUACAUUGAUUUAACUAGUUGAAGUCUUUCAGCUUGCUGUAAAACACUCGGAGCCCCUUUGCUAUAUCUGUUUCAUAGCUGGGUGUUGGAGAUAUGCUGCUUCGGUUUAAACAUUAGCCCAUGCUUGAAUGGGUCCGUGUGGUGUUUACUCUUGUUCUCCAUGUAAAAAGUCUAUAGUUACCAAGGGCUAAUUUUCAGUCACUUCUCAUAAAAAAUAAAAGUUAGUCUGAUUUAUUUUUGACAGACUGCUUGGGCUGCUCGAGCCUUCAUGUGCUGUCAUGAUUAACCUCUGAAUGCCUUAAGACUGUAUAGCUCUCUUAUCAUAGAAUAUUUUGAUUUAUUUGUUAAUGUUGUCAGAUACUAUGUUUUAUCAAUCUGUUGUUUCAGCAUUGCUAUUUAAUCUCCAGACUCCAAAUGUAAAGUUCAUUUCUGGAUUUCAGAAAAAAUGGAUUAAAAGUACAGAAGGUUAUAGAUAUUUUUUAAAGUGCAUCUUGAUUUCUUUUUUUUUUUUUUAAAGCAGAAUAUUGUACACCUGUACAUGGGAUGUGUUGUAAUGACCUUGUCUGACAUUGGAUUCAGGAAGCAAUGUCUAAUUUUGAACCUUUUUGUUCCUUUCCUUAAAAGCUAAAGUCAGGUGUUGUCUUAAACAUAUUAAAACGGAUCAAAAGGGAUGUUUUGAUAUCAGUUUGAAGUAGAUGGAAGGGUCUUUAAGAGAUUUCAACUUCAUCUAAACUAGUGUAUCAAUAAGUCUUGUGACCUUUGGGGAGAUGUGCAAUUUUUUUUCCAUCCAAUCAAGCCUUUUUAAAUGUUUCAGAGUAAUCGUGUUUUAGUAGCUGUUUGCAAUUCAUAACCAGCAUCACCGAGGACUUUCAGAAGUAUUGAGCCAUGUGUCAAGAGUGAUCGUUUUGCCAAAUGAAGAACAACUCUCACUGGAGUGGAAACAAAUACAUUGUAUGGCUUGUCUGGAUGUGAAGCUAAUGUAACAUAUAAACCUGUGAUUUUUACUUUUUAUUUUUUGUUAAAGUUGAGUUUUGUCUGUAGAUUGUGGGCUUUUUAAGAAGCCUGUGAAGAAAAUGAACAUAGAUGGCCACUUACACUCCAUUUGAUGUGGCUCUGACUGUAAACAAUAGACUGAUGACUUGUGUUGGUCACUACAAAGGGCUAAACAGUCUUGAGGGCUGCCUUUAGAUUAGUUGGCUCUAUUUCAGAAGUUUGAAAAACUGACUUUGUGGAGUUUACAUUUAUCAACACAAAUAGCUGAUUUCUGGGAAGAAAUUAUGAUGUUAUACAUCAAUUUCUUUAACAUGAUUGGUCUGACUUGCACCAUAAUUACUUAAGACAUUGUGGAAGAAGAUACUCCCUUUACCUUUUGUGUGGUUAUCUUACUGGUUUUCAUACAGGUGUUGUAGUUAGGCUGCCUCAUUUCCAUGCCUUGUUUCUGUAGCCUUUCUCCUGGCAUGCUCUGUUCAGAUCCAUCCCCAAACACCCACCCACCUACCUUGGCACUAAGGAUCAUCAUUGCACAAUGUGUAUGUGAAGGGGUAUUUAACUUAGGAUCAGUGUGUGGGCAUAAAUGGGGUAGAAAGGGAAAAUAGCCAAAACUGUUAAUUGGUGAAUAUUAUAUAUAUAUAUAAAUAUAUACAUAUAUAUAUGGAAAAAGAAAUGUAAAUGAGAUUUUACAAAAUAAU